GUAAGUAAUCGUAUUUGUCUAGAUUUAUUUGUCUUGAAUGAGCAUUGUAUUUUUUAUUUGUUCAUAUUCGUUUGCUUAAAUAACCUCACCUAACCUGGCCACUUUAUAUAUUGCCUUUUAUUGUGUAUUUCUUUUUAUUUAGAUUUUUUUGUAGAUAAUGGCUGAAGCCAAUAUCACUGAUUUUGUUGCUAAAAAACUUCAAGAGUGGGGAUUUGGUGAUUUUAUAGAUAAUUUUCGUCGAGAACAAAUCGAUCAAGAAUCAUUAAAAUUGUUAGACACGGAUACGAUAAAAGUUCUCAUUCCACCAGCUGGUCCACGAUUAAAGUUUACAAAACUAUUAGCUGAAUACAAAUCCUCAAUUGAAGAAGUAUUACUCGAAGCGACAAUACCUACUACUUCCAGUAGUAUAAAUGAUAUUGAUCUAACAAGUGUAUCUGAAUCAGAAAGUUCAUUAGCAUCAUCUGAUUAUUCUUGUCCUUCUGCACGUAUAUCUUUUGAUUCAGUUAGUCUUGAUCUAAAACAAAUAUUGGAAAAGAAGUACCCAAAUAUUUUGUCGUUGCUAAUAGAAAAUAAACAGAUUGGUUGGUGUGAUAAGCAACGAAUUAAUCGAAUAUUUGUUUCGGCACUUACUGAAAAAUAUGGGCCUUUUCCCAGUACAGCACGGAAGGCCAAUUUGGCACAGCUAAUCAUACAAGAAUUUCCAUCAUUGAAAGGUCACGAAGGGAAAGGCUAUGAACAGUGGUUCUGUCAAGGACAAAACGGAAGCGCGUCAUCUGGACUUAUUGAAGAACGAAUAAAAAAUUGGAGAAAACGUCUUAGUCCUGGGGAUAAAACAGCAUUUGGAAUUCGGAAGAGAAAGGCAUCUGAAGACAAAGAGGCAAGAAAAAAUACAGCAAUCAGCCAAGAAGUUAUACAAAUGCAACAGUGGUUGAAAGAAAAUUCUACGCCAAGAUCUGUUGUAAUUGAACGUAUGCGUGAUACUGCAGCUGCAAGAGACGUCUUUAUUUUUGACGAAAAGCAUACUCUUACGGAAAUUCUUGAUGCCUGGCCUCGUUUAUUAGAUGCAGAAAUUAUAGAUACUGAAUUCGUACGACGAUAUUCACAACAGCAAGGAGAUGCUUUCUGCAGUGAAUUUGGGUUGCUUUCAGAAAAAAUAAUUUUUCAAGCCAAAAAUUGCGGUCGUACAGCAGCUGAAAAAUUUGCACUAGAAUUAAGUGCUGCACAAGAUUCUGAUCGGAACAUAUCUGCAUUGAGAUUGCUUCCAUUUCUUCUCCCUCAAACGUCAUUUUUAAUUAAGGAGCAAGGUAAAAAGGAAACAACCAGAAUCAAACCAACUUCACAAGUUUCCAAAUUACAUUUUAUCGAUGUUAUUCCUGAAGCAACAAAUUUGGAUUACUAUCUUACUAAUGAUCGUUUAGGACCAGAUAAGCGUCGAAAACAACCAUUUGUUCUGCUUACUGGAGAUGAGUCUCGACCAUCACAAAUUUUUGUUAUCGUAGAAAAUCAUGCUAUUAAUGCGCCGACUGUUCUGAAAGGUGUGGACUUAUGUUUUAAAAUACAUUUUAUUUGUGAUAUAGAUUAUUCUGAAUUCUGCAAAAAUGUAUGGUAUUUUUUAGAUAUUGUAUUUUAUAAAACUGCUACUCUUAGUGAUAAGCAUAUUCCAGCUUCUGUUCGAGAAUUAAAAGCGCAGCUAUUUUCUCAGGUUUCAGAAUAAUCAUGAAAUGUCCAAAA